GGCUUGUUCUGUCCUUCAGUGCAGAUAGUCGUCUCGCUGGGCUUGGAGACAGUCCGUGUUCACUUCCGGAUUCCCGAAAUCAAGCAGCAGCGGGACCGAAGCAUUAGACACUCAGUGUAGGCUACUUCAUGCCUGCCUUACAGACAUCAAGACACGGAGCACCGGCAUCAUCCCACAACACGAUCAGCACAGUUCUGACAGCUGAGCCCCACCAGCCCUCAUAUCACCCGCUGCUGAGUUUACAUCGAGGCUCUCUAGAAUAGAAAGCAGUCAAAUCAAUGAGGAGCAGCUCUGUGUCCAAAACUGUUAUACAUUUAGGCACCACUCCAUAGAGACCAAAUCCAGCCUGGACAUAAUUUGAGACAGCCGGUUAAAGUCAAAGCAGAGCUGGCGUGGAUCAGCUGCCAGCAGCAUGGACUGGUUGAUGGGGAAAUCCAAAACGAAGCCCAAUGGAAAGAAAGUGCCUGCUGAAGAAAAGAAGCACUACAUGGAGCCAGAGUACACAAAAGUGCGGGUCAUGGACUUCGACCUGAAAGAUUUGGUGGCGCUUCCCACCAAAGAGAUCGACCUCAACGAAUGGCUCGCCAGCAACACAACAACCUUCUUCAAUCUGAUAAAUCUGCAGUAUAGCACAAUCUCAGAGUUUUGCACUGGGGACACAUGUCAAGCCAUGACGGCCUGCAACACCAUAUACUACUGGUAUGACGAGAGGGGGAAGAAGACGAAGUGCACAGCACCUCAGUAUGUUGACCUUGUCAUGACUUUCGUGCAGAAAUUAGUGACGGACGAAGAUAUCUUCCCCACAAAAUACGGCAAAGACUUUCCCAACUCGUUCGAGUCUCUGGUGAAGAAGGUCUGCCGGUAUCUGUUUCACGUGUUGGCUCACAUCUACUGGGCUCACUUUAAAGAGACGGUGGCUCUGGAGCUGCAGGGACACUUGAACACACUGUACGCACAUUUCAUCGUCUUCGUCAGAGAAUUCAACCUGGUCGAGCCCAAGGAGACCUGCAUCAUGGACGACCUGUCGGAGGUGCUGUGCGCCCCCCUGCCGCCCCAUACACACAACCACGUGACCGAGAGAUGAGCCUCGAACUCGAGGAAGACGACGGAACGUGCGAGGCCUCUUUGGAAGGGCCCCUGCGUCACUAUUUCUCACCGUGAGAACUGUUCAAAAGAUGGGUCCGAAGGCCGGUGGUCUGCAGUUCUCGUACCAGCACAGAUUGGUGUGAAUGUUUCCUACAGGACGAAACAAUCUGUCUACAUUCUCAUUUAUACAGGAACAAUUUAUAUUUUAAUUUGCAUUUUUAUUAUUAUUUUUGCGCAUGCGCUCGCGGAGGUUUUCGUUUUCUUUUAGGGAAUGGUGUUUCAGCUCGGCUCUCAUCAGUGCCUUAGAUUUGUAGCUAAGGUAUUGUCUGUUUAUAUGCAACAAUGUUUCGAAAGUUAUCAUUGGCCUCUGGCUCCCCCUUGUGGAGGGAGUGACGUCACACACCGACUGAGUGUUUAUGAUCUCUGCAGCCUUAUUUCACAUAAAACUGUACCGGACUAGCGCAAAAUCUCUCUUUUUCAUAUUCUAGCCAUCAUUAUCCAUUUCUUUAUGUUCUUUAAAUCAUUUACGAUGGUUCUAUAUGUACUUAUUAGCCUUUUAAGAUGAUGUAUAAAGGGUUUGAUGGUUUGAAUGAUGCUUUAGAGAAAGUCUGGACUUGCUUUGUAGGUUUCCAACAAGGAUAUCAGCGAUGUCUGCUCGCUCAGAGAGACGCUGCAUUGUUGCAUGGCAGUUGACUUUGACUGUGUUGCAUUGAUGAGCACAUCCUCCAGCGUCGCAACCUUUUAUUUUUUAUUUCACGUUUUUAUUCUUAAGUUAUCAGAGGUCAUGGAUAUUGUGGCGGCCCACGUGUGUAGAAAAUGCACAUUAAUUUUCUGUUUCUCAAGAAAUAGAUUGUAACUAUAUAAGAAAUCACAAUAAUUGCCUUUAGCGAGAGAGCAUCUCUCCUCCUUAUUUAUUUUUACUUUUUUAUCUAUUUGCAGAGUUACUCAGUUCUUGCUUUCUUUUUAUGUAUUUUAAUUAUCUUAAGUUAAAAGCCACUUAAUAUUUUAAGCUCUGCGAAAUAUAAUCAGAU